AUGGCGAUGAUGAUGACCGGCCGUGUGCUGCUGGUGUGUGCCCUCUGCGUGCUGUGGUGCGGUGCCGGCGGUGGUUUUGCAGACGAGGAAAAGGCAGCAGGCUCUGAAAGUGGUGGUGAACUUCCACCAGCUUCAAACCCAGUUGUAACGCCUCCAGUAGGCUCCCAAGGCUUACAAAAUGGAGUAACAGUUGUUACAGAAGAAGUAUCACCAAUAUCUUCCCCUCCUCAAGGUGGGGAUGCAGAUGGUGAUGAUGAAGAUGAAGAGAUGGAAGAUGGAGAAACCGAAGAGAAAGAAGGAAAAAGAACAGCAGGGCAGAGUGGUCAAGGAGGAACAGUUGCACCAGACCCAGGUUCCAGGGAAGAGAUUUUAAUUGGCAGUGAGAAUGAAAAGAACCAGUCAAUUUUAUCUGCAGAGGACGUUUCUCCUUCCAACAGUCGAGAAUCAAUUGCCAAUCCUACGCAAACGGAAUUUGAAGAAGAGAAGAACACCGACGAAAAUAAACCUGCAGUAGAGGACGCACUCAAAACAGGUAACGGAGAGAACACACUGCCUGGGGGAGGAAAUCUUCCAUCAUCUCCAGAAGACGGUGUUGAUUCCCGCAAACAGGAUGGCGAAGAGACCACGAGUGAAAAUAAAAAAAAUCUUCCGUUGCCUGCGACCGCAGCCACACCACAAAGCCACCGAGACAAAGGCUCAGAAGGGACUGGGGAAGAUACAAAAGCAACGACAGUAACCGCCAACAAAACCGAUACGACGAAUACACAGAACAGCGACAGCAGCACCGCGGUCUUCCACACCACCUCCCCUCUUUUACUUCUUCUUAAUGCGUGUGCGGCUGCUGCUGCGGUGGUGGCCGCGUGA